CUUUCUGCAAAACUUGUCAUACAGUGAUUAUUUGGGUGAUAAGGAACCCCUAUAAAUUGGCUGUGUAACAUCUACAGAUAUUCAUUUUGCUCUGGAAAACUGAAGAAGAUGAUUAAGUUAGCCAUUCUCUCCUGCCUUGUGCUUGCUGCGUUCGCAGCUGAUAAAUGCCACCACAAUGGCAAAACCUACAACAUUGGCCAAAUGUUUAAGGAUGAUUGCAACCUUUGUUUCUGUGGUGCAAACGGCGCAGUGAGUUGCACCAAGAAAUUUUGCCCUCCAAAUCAUUCAGGUUAUUCUGGAGAAGUCUGCCACCACAAAGGAAAAGUUUACAAAGUUGGAGAAGCCUUCAAAGACGACUGCAACAGAUGUUUCUGUGGUUCCAAUAAUGUUAUAGGCUGCACUAAGAUGCUGUGUCCACCACAUGGACAGAUUGAAUAUUCUGAACAAGUUUGCCACCUCAAAGGAAAAGUAUACAAAGUUGGAGAAACCUUCAAAGACGACUGCAACAGAUGUUUCUGUGGUGUCAAUGGUAUAAUAGCUUGUACUAGGAUGCUGUGUCCCCCACAUGGUCAUAUUGAUUAUAGUGACAGUGGUGUGUGUAAUCACAAUGGCCAAGUUUACAAAGUUGGAGACAGUUUCAAAGAUGACUGUAACAGCUGUUUCUGUGGAGAAAAUGGCGUUGUAGGCUGCACCAAAAUGGCCUGCGUCCACAGAGGUUGUCUUUUCAAAAACAAAUUGUAUAAGACAGGAGAGACUUUCACAAAUGACUGCAACAAAUGUAUUUGUGGAGCUACAGGACAAGCAGUUUGUACAAUGAAGGGAUGUAUUCAUGAAUAGAACGACUGGGGUUAGAUUAAAUUCCAGUGAGACCAAGAAAAUUCCAGAAUAAACCGAAGGGAAAUUUUGGCCUGAUUUGGAAAGGAACAAUUCAAAGAAAUAAAAUUCCUAAAAUAUUGUUAA